CGUAUCGGUCGGGGCCGCGGAGUGGCAGGCGCUGCCUCUGCCCACUCAGAAGAGUGCCGGCCUGGGGCCGGCCCGGCGGCGCCAUGGCCGGGACCAGCAGCCCCGAAGCCGUGAAGAAGCUGCUGGAAAACAUGCAGGGGGACCUGCGGGGCCUGAGCCUGGAGUGCCGGAAAAAAUUCCCCCCUGUCAAGGAGGCCGCUGAAUCAGGAAUAAUAAAAGUGAAAACAAUAGCUGCACAAAACACAGAUAUUUUGACAGCAUUGAAAGAGAACAGCUCAGAGGUGGUUCAACCUUUUCUGAUGGGUUGUGGAACAAAAGAACCAAAGAUCACUCAGCUAUGUCUAGCAGCCAUACAGAGGCUUAUGUCUCAUGAAGUUGUUUCAGAGGCUGCAGCAGGAAACAUAAUUAAUAUGCUUUGGCAAUUAAUGGAGAACAGUCUCGAAGAACUUAAAUUGCUCCAGACAGUUCUUGUACUUUUAACAACCAAUACAGUUGUGCAUGAUGAAGCGCUGUCCAAGGCAAUUGUACUUUGCUUUCGAUUGCACUUCACAAAAGAUAAUAUCACAAAUAACACUGCAGCAGCUACAGUUCGGCAGGUAGUUACUGUCGUGUUUGAGAGAGUAGUUGCUGAAGAUGAACGAUAUAAAGAUGCUGUUGACCAGCCAGCUGCAGUUCAAGGGAAUAGUAACAGAAGAUCUGUCAGCACACUGAAGCCAUGUGCUAAGGAUGCAUAUAUGCUUUUUCAGGAUCUUUGUCAGUUAGUUAAUGCUGAUGCUCCUUACUGGCUCGUGGGUAUGACAGAAAUGACGCGGACAUUUGGCCUUGAACUUCUUGAGUCGGUCCUCAAUGACUUUCCACAAGUGUUUUUACAACAUCAGGAAUUCAGUUUUCUUCUUAAAGAAAGGGUAUGCCCUCUUGUUAUAAAGCUCUUCUCCCCAAAUAUCAAAUUCAGGCAAGGUUCCACCACCUCAUCUUCCCCGGCACCAGUGGAAAAACCAUACUUUCCCAUCUGUAUGCGUUUACUGCGAGUAGUUUCUGUUUUGAUUAAGCAGUUUUACAGUUUGCUGGUAACAGAAUGUGAAAUAUUUCUGUCGUUGCUGGUUAAGUUUCUGGAUGCAGACAAACCACAGUGGCUACGAGCUGUUGCAGUAGAAUCUAUUCACAGGCUUUGUGUGCAGCCUCAACUAUUAAGGUGUUUUUGUCAGUCAUAUGAUAUGAAACAACAUUCCACUAAAGUUUUCCGUGAUAUUGUGAAUGCACUGGGGUCCUUUAUCCAGUCUCUAUUUCUUGUACCAAGCACAGGAAACACAUCAGCAGCACCAAACCAAACUGGAAGCAAUGCAUCAGGGAAUACUGGCUCAGCACAAGCUAACUCAGGAGUGCUUGGAAUGGGUGGAGGUGCAACUGUAUUACCUGCUUUUGAGUACAGAGGCACUUGGAUACCCAUCCUGAAUAUAACAGUACAAGGCAGUGCUAAAGCUACGUAUUUGGAGAUGCUGGACAAAGUCGAGCCACCUACAAUUCCUGAAGGCUAUGCAAUGUCAGUGGCAUUUCACUGUUUGCUGGAUCUUGUCCGUGGUAUCACUACCAUGAUCGAAGGAGAGUUGGGAGAGGCAGAAACUGUCAUUCAAACCUCAACAGAGGCAACUUCAUUACCAGCACAGUCUUCAGAGCAAGAUUUGCAGUCUGUUUCUGACCAAUCAGAGAAAGAACUAGGUAACAGAGCUGUCUGGGAAGAAAUGGUGAACGCUUGUUGGUGUGGUCUUCUGGCUGCUCUGUCCCUCCUACUUGAUGCAAGCACUGAUGAAGCUGCCACUGAAAACAUUCUAAAAGCAGAAUUGACCAUGGCUGCACUUUGUGGAAGACUGGGUCUUGUAACAUCAAGAGAUGCCUUUAUCACUGCCAUUUGCAAAGGAUCCUUGCCUCCUCACUAUGCCCUUACUGUAUUAAACAGCCCAACUGCAGCUCUGUCCAGCAAAUCAUAUUCCAUUCAGGGACAAAAUGUUCAAAUGAUUAGUCCCUCAAGUGAGUCUCACCAGCAAGUUGUAGCAGUAGGGCAACCCUUAGCUCUUCAGCCACAGGGAACAGUUAUGCUGACAUCAAAAAAUAUCCAGUGUAUGAGGACAUUACUCAACUUAGCUCACUUCCAUGGAGCUGUUCUUGGUACAUCAUGGCAACUUGUUCUGGCUACCCUUCAGCAUCUUGUGUGGGUUCUGGGACUGAAGCCUAGUGUUGGGGGUGCAUUAAAACCUGGAAGAGCUGUGGAAGGGCCAAGCACAGUUCUGACUACAGCAGUUAUGACUGAUCUGCCAUCUAUAUCCAGCAUGAUUUCAAAGCUUUUUGAAAACUCACAGUACCUUGACGAUGUGUCUUUACAUCACUUAAUAAAUGCCCUUUGCUCCUUGUCUCUGGAAGCCAUGGAUAUGGCCUAUGGAAACAAUAAGGAACCAUCACUUUUUGCUGUCGCUAAAUUACUGGAAACAGGACUAGUUAACAUGCGCAGGAUUGAGAUUCUUUGGAGACCUCUGACUGGUCAUCUUCUGGAGGUCUGUCAGCAUCCCAACUCUAGAAUGAGAGAAUGGGGAGCAGAAGCUUUAACUUGUCUCAUUAAAGUAGGACUGACAUUCAGACAUAAUCCUCCUUUAUCUCAAAAUCAGAGACUGCAGUUGCUUUUAUUGAAUCCACUAAAGGAGCUGUCAAACAUUAGUCAUCCUGAUAUCAGGAUCAAGCAAUUGGAGUGUGUACUACAGAUUUUACAGAGUCAGGGUGACAGCUUAGGACCUGGUUGGCCAUUGGUACUUGGAGUCAUGGGGGCAAUCCAAAGUGAUCAGGGAGAGUCCCUAAUACGGACUGCAUUCCAGUGUCUUCAGCUGGUUGUGACUGACUUCCUUCCUACAAUGCCAUGUACUUGUCUGCAGAUAGUUGUUGAAGUUGCAGGAAGCUUUGGACUUCACAACCAAGAGCUAAAUAUUAGCUUAACUUCAAUUGGUUUGCUGUGGAAUAUUUCAGAUUAUUUUUUCCAAAGAGGUGAAAUAAUUGAAAAGGAGCUAAACAAAGAAGAAGCAGUGUUGCAGAAACAGGCAGAAGAAAAGGGAGUGAUGCUGAACAGACCUUUUCAUCCUGCAUCACCAUUUGACUGUCUUUGGUUAUGCCUGUAUGCCAAACUUGGAGAACUGUGUGUGGAUCCCCGACCUGCAGUUAGAAAGAGCGCUGGGCAGACAUUGUUUUCUACUAUUGGUGCUCAUGGAACUUUACUGCAACAUUCAACAUGGCACACAGUAAUAUGGAAGGUCUUGUUUCACCUGUUGGAUAGGGUUCGAGAAUCUUCUACGACAGCUGACAAAGAGAAGAUUGAAUCAGGAGGAGGCAACAUUCUCAUUCAUCAUUCAAGGGACACAGCUGAGAAACAGUGGGCUGAGACAUGGGUAUUAACACUGGCUGGAGUUGCAAGAAUAUUUAACACCAGGAGAUACUUACUGCAGCCUCUAGGAGACUUUUCCCAAGCCUGGGAUGUUCUUCUUGAUCACAUCCAGUCAGCAGCACUUAGCAAAAAUAGUGAAGUUUCCUUGGCUGCUCUGAAAAGCUUCCAGGAGAUCCUACAAAUUGUUUCUCCUGUUCGAGACUCUGAGAAGCCUGAGACACCACCUGCAAUCAAUGUUUCUGUACCUUUGGUGGUAGGAUCAACUGCCACUAGUCUUGGCAGAUCAUUCAUGAGAACUGACUCCAUAGGAGAAAGAAUAGGAAGAUACAAUGGAUCUGAACCUCCUGUAAUAACAGAUGAGAUUGAAGAUUUAAAUCUUUGGUGGGCAGCCUGGAACAGCUGGUAUAGGAUUGGAUCAGAAAGUACAAGGCCUCCAAUUACUUGUGAUAAAUUGACUUUCAUUCCCAGUCAGCCUUUUCUUACAGCUUUAAUUCAGAUAUUCCCAGCUCUUUACCAACACAUCAAAACGGGUUUCAGCAUGGAUGAUCUCCAGAAGCUGGGUGUCAUUUUGCACGGUGCUGUUUCAGUUCCAAUCAGUUCAGAUGCUUCCCCUUUCAUCCUUCCAUCUUACACUGAAGCAGUUUUGACAAGUUUACAGGAAGCGGUGCUUACAGCUUUAGAUGUUUUACAAAAGGCUAUAUGUGUGGGCUCAGAAGGUAUGCAGAUAAUGUAUCCUGCAAUCUUUGACCAACUGCUGGCCUUUGUAGAAUUUUCCUGCAAGCCUCCACAGUAUGGACAGCUGGAAACCAAGCAUAUUGCAAAUGCUAAGUAUAAUCAGAUACAACUAUUUGCACCGGCAGAAUGGGUGGCAUUGAAUUACGUACCAUUUGCAGAAAGAUCAUUAGAAGUUGUGGUGGACUUAUACCAAAAGACAGCUUGCCAUAAAGCUGUGGUAACAGAGAAGGUUCUUCAGAACAUUAUUAAGACACUUAGAAUACCUCUCAGUCUGAAGUACUCCUGUCCUUCUGAAAGCACAUGGAAGCUAGCUGUGUCCUCUCUCCUUAAAGUUCUCUCCAUUGGACUACCUGUUGCAAGGCAGCAUGCAUCUUCUGGAAAAUUUGACAGUAUGUGGCCAGAGCUAGCUAAUACUUUUGAAGACUUUUUAUUCACAAAAAGUACACCUCCUGAUAAUCUCUCAAUUCAAGAAUUUCAGAAGAAUGAGAGUAUUGAUGUUGAGGUGGUGCAGCUUAUCAGCACAGAGAUACUGCCAUAUGCUAAUUUUAUUCCUAAGGAAUUUGUUGGCCAGAUAAUGACUAUGCUCAAUAAAGGCUCAAUACAUUCUCAGUCAUCCUCCUUUACAGAAGCUGAAAUAGAUAUUCGAAUGAGAGAGGAGUUUUCUAAGGUGUGUUUCGAAACACUGCUCCAGUUUUCAUUCAGUAAUAAAGUCACAACUCCUCAAGAAGGCUACAUCUCUAGAAUGGCACUUUCUGUGCUCUUGAAAAGGUCACAGGAUGUAUUGCAUCGUUACAUAGAAGAUGAGAGAUUGAGUGGCAGAUGUCCUCUUCCACGGCAGCAAGUAACAGAAAUCAUAUUUGUUUUAAAAGCUGUCAGUACUCUCAUAGAUUCACUUAAAAAGACUCAACCUGAAAAUGUUGAUGCUAGCACAUGGGCACAAGUUAUUGCCUUGUACCCGACUUUAGUAGAAUGUAUCACCUGCUCAUCCUCAGAAGUGUGCUCUGCUUUGAAGGAAGCACUGGUUCCCUUUAAGGACUUCAUGCACCCACCAGCAGCCAAGUAAUGGUUAAUCAAAACCAUCAGAAAUCUACUGCCAGUCUAUUGCUUGUGCAAUUGAUAUGAGUGACAAAGAUUGAAGAAGCUUGCCUAGAAAAAGUGGAACGAGAGAAAAUGGUGGUGUCAAACUGACUGGGCCUGAAGAAUUUCUUCCCGGUAUUUAAAGAAUUAAUCUGAGUAACCUCAGCAUUUUUAAGACGAUCUUUGUGAUUUCCUUGUGUCCUAUCAGAGAGUAACAUGCUAAAAACUGAGCCUUUUUUUCCUAAGCUCCUUAUUUAAGAAUUUAUGUCUUGAUUAUGAAACAAUUGAUAAAAAGGGUAAGAUUUACCUGUGUGUUUACCGUACUAACUACAGGAUUUCACUAGCAAGAUAUGAGACUAGUCAUUGCUUGAAUUUAUUAUCUAUGUUUAGAAGAACUCUCAAAUAAUCUUAUUUUUAUAAUCAGUUUGAUGAGCUUUUCUUUCUCCAUGUUAACACAUUUAUUUCCACUGGCAAUCCAGAUGCCUGCCUUAAGAACUUACUUUAUAAGUAAUCUCAUUUAUCAGCAGUAUAAGUUCUCUUUUCAGCUAAUAUGUAUUCUGUCUGGAAAGAAUAAGUUAAGUACAGCUACCAUAUUUUUCUUCAAUCAAAAAUAUUGUGAUACUGAAACAGAUUUAAAGGCAUUGGCCCCUUGGUCUGUUUUGUUUUCAGAAGAGAUUACCAAUAAUUAAAAAAGAAAGGAAAGGCCUUGGAAGUCAGGUAUCUGGCAUCUUCACAGUUUUGUUACUGAAGACCCUGAUCUUCAAACUGGAGUCAUUCCUUCUGCUCUCUGUGCACAAAAUAUCUGCCUUAGACUUGAGAUGAGUCUCCAGUGGUAUUUCCAAAGCUGAAGCUGCUUCAAGAUUGCAGAUGUUCAUGAGGCUGUGGUGGCUGGAAACUUGAAGCCUGUUAUCACUUGGUUUGAUGUUUUUAAUGUUAAUUAUUUCUUACUUAGAACAAUUAAAUUUGCCAAAAAAUUUAUGUUUUUGGCUUCCUUGCCAGAAGAUUCACACUUCUGUUCCCCAUCAUAUCACAGACCAAUGCCUGGUCAUGAAGGGCAGGGCUGAGAGAGAGGCUCCAUAGAAAAAUGGCAGCCAAAAUUGGAUUGCCACCAGGUCAGAGAGAGCACAGAGAGCAGUCUGGUUUCAAUCAAUCUCAGUCAUGAGAAAACAUGAAGGGGACAGGAAUAUUAAGUGCACAGUACUGCUGGGAUAUACAUGUACAAAGAGCUGGUUUCUGGAGUACAUCACGACUAUUAUUUGCAGAUCUAUGUACUGAACACCUGUUCAUGCCGCUGGGCUUGGCGAAGCAUUGUACGGUACCACCUUACCACUAAAAUGAGCUCCAGAAUCUACACAAAGUACUGCCCUAGAACAAAUGAGGAAAGAUAAACAUUUAUCUUAGAACAGAGUUAUUUAAAUUAUGUAUUUUCUAUCAAAAUACAAAAUUAAUAAUGUCUCUUAUGCUGGAUACACUAUACUGUAUUAAAAUUUUAAGCAGUUUUGUUGCCAGAGUCUCAAAGAGCAUGCACUGAAUUGAUGAAUGGAGCAGCAUGAGCCCCUCCCUCUUUAUAGAGUGGGAAGCAAGUUUUUGAAGUGGUAAGCUUUAGUCAGAUAGUAGUAGCUCUUUCUUGCAAUUUAAUAUCAAUUAAACCAACUCCAUUGAAGCAACUAGGUCAAACUUGGAAAUGGGUUAGGAAUUGAAAAAGUUCUGUGACGCAGUUCACCUUCGCCCACUCACGCUAGGGCAGCCCCGCUAGCUCCAAGGCAAGCCUGCACUGAGAGUGGCCCUUUCCCGGGAUUCUGGAAACCCAGGAUAAAGGUAGAGCCAAAAGCUCUCGCGGUGGCUACACCGGUCUGAGAGGAGGCAAAUAGUGCAGGAGAGUCCUUUUGUAAUUCCAAGGACAAGUUUAUUGGAGAGGGAUCAGGGAACAACUGGAAUCAGGGAGGAGGAACCACAAAAGG